AACGAAAUAGACUUGGUAUCUCACAUCAUCAAUUCUUAUUUCCUGCAGUCGAAAUGUUUCUUAGACACCGAUCAGUUUACUCAUGCCCUUCGUGCAUAGCCGCCUGACAGAGACAUCCAUUCCAGAUUCGUCCCUUCCAUUUCUAGUCCUUCCCCCAACUUCCUAUCCCAUCCCCAGAUCGGAUCUUGUCUUCUACACAAUCCGAAGAAUCAUCUUUCUUCAAUACUCCACGCCUUCUUUGAAACAGAAUCAAUAUAAGUCUCGGAUGGAUACUGCAGCUGUGAUCAUGUCGAGUCCGAUGCCAAGCGCGGCAAAAUGUCCCUCCUCGACCUGCAUGCAUACGGCACAGCUACAGUCGAAACAUCAUCAUCACCAGAGUCCAGUCUUCUACAUUGUACGGACUACAACCUACAAUCCUCAGCGUCUAAUCGCGGCUCAGCAUACGCGCCGAACUUUGACAGAGCGGAAACGUCCCUCGCGGCAGUGUCGAUGAAUUGUGAGACUAAUCCGUGCUCUGUUUCUUAUAUUCCUCAGCAGUCACUGUUUAUGGUUGCUAUCUUUCACGUAAUUGCCCUGUGAAUAACCUCGCAUUUACUAUAAAGACCUUGAAAUCUACUACUGGCGAGCACACAAAAGGAUUUACAACAAUUGAACGGCAGUCAUCGUAACUGUAAAGAAAAUCAAUAUGUUACACGCCGUUGAAUGUCAAGACUGAACUUCAUCAGUAGACCCCAAUCAUCAAUCUCCG